GAUGAUUGGCCCACAGAGUCUCCGCGUUCGAUUUUGGAAGGCUCUCUCCGGAGCUCUCACCAGGGCUUGGCCGAGGAUUGGCUCUUCCCCGGCUGGGGAGCGUUUUCUCCCGGGAGUCGCGGCUGUGACCUAGGUGGCCCGCCUUGGGCAGCCAGGUACGUAGGUCGGCGGCCCGGCUCGCGCUGCGGUAGGAGCGGGCGGGCCGGCCGUCAGAGCCCGGGUGCCGCUGGGACCCGAACCCGCAGAGCCACUUUAGGGCACGGCGUCGUGCGAAGCGGCCACGUCUGAGCCCCGGGGGCCGAUCUGUGCCGGGGGUUUCGCCCAGCGAUCUGGGCCAGGAUAUCCCCUCCCAAGCUCUCGUCCUGUGGGCGAACGCCGCCCGGUCCUUGUGAGCACCUUCACAGCAGGAAGCGCAGAGCUACGCCCGCCCUUUCGAAAGGCCGUGAAGGGUUUGGGGUGGGCACAUCUUAGCUUGCCCCAUCCCGAUUUGAGGUCUGUCGACGCUGCCCUUCAGCGUGAUUAUUACCAUCACCAGAGUUAUCUGAAGGAGGUGAGCUGAGUGUGGAAGCAGUUGCCCCCCGGCUCACACAAAGUGUGCUCUGCCUCUUGUGGAUACCUGUGCCUCCCUGAGACCAGUCACAAUAGCUGUCUGAACUGAGCUUCAGAUACCACAAAAGAUGCUCAAUUGAGCACUACAUAUGUUGCAAAUUCAUUGCGUGAGCACCCAGGAUGGGAACGCCCGCCUCUGUGGUGAGCGAGCCACCCCCCUGGCAGGCCCCGGCUGAGGCCCGGGGCCGCAAGCAGGCCACAGCCAACAUCUUCCAGGACGCCGAGCUGCUGCAGAUCCAGGGCCUGUUUCAGCGCAGUGGGGACCAGCUGGCCGAAGAGCGGGCACAGAUCAUCUGGGAGUGUGCGGGAGACCACCGUGUGGCAGAGGCCUUGAGGAGGCUGCGUAGGAAGAGGCCCCCCCGGCCAAAACCCCUGGGCCACUCACUGCACCACUGCAGCCGGCUCAGAACCCCCGAGCCCCGUGCUCCACUGGCCGACCCACAGAGUGGUGCCACAGAGAUGGCCUCUGGCGAUCAGUAUCUGAACUCCAGGAGGACAAGUGCCAGGAUCCGCCGGAACUGGAAGAAGCCAGGCCCCACAAGCUACCUCCAUCAGAUCAGACACUGAUCCAGGGAAGGGGCUGGGAACGGCAGUAACUUCCCCAGGAAUCAUAGGGACUUUUGCCAAAGGGCCCAGGAAGUGAAGAAGGAAGACAGACUGGAGGCAGACAGCCCCACAGUGGUAAAUGGAAGGUCACUACCACUGGCCUGCUCCAUUCAGAACAGGACUGGAGGUGUCCCCUGAGCUCUACACCAUGUGGGACCCAUUCCUGUCUCAGCUCUUCCCACCCGACAGUAUACUCGGGCUGCAUGAUAUCCCCCUGGGAGUCCAGCGAUGGGCACGGAGACUGAGCAUCUCACCACUCCUGCUCUAACCCUCCUGCUACUACUGUAACCCAUGGUCCAGCCACCUGCCCACACCCCUGCCUGUCAGGCUAACGCGAGGAAACCGUGGUUUAAGUGGCAAAAUAAAAACAUUUGCAUCAA